AACUGUUUGCUGCAUCCUGUGCUGGUCAUAGAAGUGGAAGUUAUGCGGUUUCAGACUGAGUACUUGCUGUCCUGAGGAAGGAACACUCACUUGACUAGAUUCUACCUUCUCUGAAAAUGUGCUCCACAUCACUUCAUCUCCUCAUUGGUGCCUUACUUGUUCUUGCUGUUGAAAAUGAGGCCACAACCAUGAUAACCAGCACAGAAGCCAACACUGCUCUUUCAAUGUCUAUCGACAACACCACCAUACUAAAUGAAACCUCAGUGGACAUUCUGAACAACUUAACCACUUCAUUCCCUCCCAACUCCACUGUCAUACUGUCAAGCACCACGGAUGUGAAUAUGUCAGAUUACAAAUCAGAUUUACCUACUGAUCCUUCAGAAAAUCCACAGACCAACAAUGACACCACAGGCGAUCCUCAAGAGAAUGUUCCAACACCCAGCACAAAAGAGAUGAAAAGCACAACCAUAAAAACAACCACAACUCAACCACAAAAAAAUGAGCAAAGCCAUGGGGCAACUUACAUAAUUAUUCUGAUUAUUGUUGUUGUGUGCAUAUCUGGGGUAGUAAUUUAUUGUUGCCUUCAAAAGAAGUCCAGGAAGUUCUCAGUCGACUUGCAUCCAAAACAGGAAGAUGCUCAGAUCCCACUCAGCACAGUGGAUGUAGAGGUGUUUGACACCACAUUAGACAAAGAUAUGCAAACAUUUACUCCUGUCGAGUCCACUGAGCCAUUAAAGAACCUUGAAACUGUGAAGGAAGCAGAAAAGCCUGAGGAAGGGAAAGAAUCGGUUGAUGUUAAUCAAGAAAACCAACAGACUCAGGCCAAAGUCCCAAAGGACAAAACAGAGGAGAUGACUGUAGUGGAUAUAUCUGAUGUAGAACCUACGAUUUCCACCAAGACUUCAAUGGAAUCCUUAGAUGAUGUUCUCAAUGAAAACAACAGCAACGAUACAAGCGCUAAAGAUAUCUGAACCUGACUGAUGGAAAAAAAUGGAAAAACUGGAAACUGGAAAAAAGUUUGACUG